UCAGUCGCAUUCGGGCCGCGGUGGAGGAAUCAUCGCGGUUCUACGCCAACGACUAUUUUAACAAGACUGAUUUAUUUAUUAUGAACUUGUGAUUAUUAUCGUGAAUUAAAUUGUGUAUGAACUCGUGUUAAAAAUGUGGGGAGAAAGCAGUAAGAAUUGUGAGAUCAACUGCCAGUGUUCAGGGCUGAUAACUGAAAACUUCAAAAUAAAUUCAGGAAACAGCGGCAAGAAACGCAAACAAAGUGAAGCAAUCUCAACAAACUUCAAAUUGAAGAUGAACCCGCAUUCAUUAGACUUUAAUACAAAGCAAUCACCGCACAAUUCACCUAUAGCAACACCGAAACGUAGAGUGCUCGGUGAAUUACAAAACUCACCUUUAUAUAGACCUUUGAACUCACCGAUAAUGGAAAGGAUAACAUCACCAACUAUCGAUAGACUUAAGAAUUCACCGUUGGAAAGAAACUCACCAUUGAUAGAUCGUACUAAAUCACCUUUAACAAGUCGUAUGGACAGAGUUAGAAGAAGUUCAGCUAAAAUAACUAGAAUAUUCGAAGAAAGGACUAAAUUUAAAAUGUCCAACAAAGAGAAUCAAAGUCCAUUAAUGAGUGAAACAUUCAUGAAAUUAGAUAUGGAGGAAGAAACAAGGGAUUGUUCUUUCGGAGAGACUUUCCAAUCUUUGAUGUGUACAGAGAAAGUCAAUAAUUGGUCUACAGCUAAGUUCGAUUUCACGGAUUCAUUACCACAAAAAUCUUACGAUACUAAAUUAAACGACAUAUAUGUACCACAAAAAGAUAUAGAAACAGAUUUGGAUACAGGAUUUGAGACGUUACACGAUUUGGAAGAGGAAUUUGACGCUGAUAACUUCGAUCAAUGUUCAAAAUAUGAAAUAAUAUCAACAGACAGUCCGGACAUUAUAUCAAAAGGUAGAACAUCAACGAGGAAAAUAAGUUCAAAAGAUUUCGUAUUCGGUGCACCUUUAUCUGAUGUUGAAGCUUCAACAUCAUUCAAUAAACCCAAUAUUAACGCAACAAGGAUGCUUAAUUUCGAAGAUGAAUUUCCAUUUACAUCACCGGCAACGAAGAAAUCAACAAUUUCAGUGAAGAAAUCAUUAAAAUUCAAUGAAACACCAACGAAAUGUGAUUCGUUAUCGAUAUCACCGUCCACAAAAGUGAGAUUCCCAUCAGAAUCAACAGCAUCAAUGGAAAGCGGCUUCGUAUCAGAAUUCGAAGAACCAUUUUUGGAAUUAGAUGAAAUCUCAAAUUCACCUAAAAUGCCUAAUUUCAAUGAACUUUUAUCAGGUAAAAUCAAAGAAAAUAUUAUAACAGAUGAAAAAUAUGAAAACAAACCAAUAAUACGUAGUAUCAGUUUGAACUCUAAAGCUAGGGUUUCAUUGUUCUCUAUAAAAGAGACACAAGUGAAUAAAUCACAGAAACGAUGUGAAAUUAAUGAAUUAGAAAAUGGAUGUAAUAAAAGGAGGAAAUCUAAUUGCGGUAGUCCACAAAUAGACAGACAAAGACCGGUGCUGCAGCGAGCUUAUUCAGAAAAUAACGCAUCAAUAAUGUCAGCACUUGCUAGAUCUGUGUUGGAGCCUGACCUCAUCGGAGACUUCUCUCUACCGUUCGCGUUACCCCUGACCAGCGGAGACCAUGCUGACCUCAAGUCUAUAUCUUGUGACACCCUCGCUGCACUGCUCCAGGGAGAGUUUGAUGACAGCAUCAGUCAAUAUCAGGUGAUAGACUGUCGUUAUCCUUACGAGUUUGAAGGUGGACAUAUCCUGGGAGCUGUGAACUUAUAUACACCGGAGCAAGUGUUAACAUUGGUGAAUGAACCACUCCCCAAGUCAGGAGAUAAACGGAGUAUUCUGAUAUUCCACUGUGAAUUCUCAUUGGAAAGGGGACCUAAAUUAUCUCGCUUCCUGCGUUCAAACGACCGAGCAAAGAACCAAGAGAACUAUCCCUCACUCCACUACCCCGAGGUGUAUCUCCUGCAUGAAGGAUACCGCGCAUUCUACACGCGCUACCCCGCGCUCUGCUCAGCCGGAUACACCGCCAUGCUGGACCCUCGUCAUCGUCAGCAGCUGCGUCACCACCGCGCCCUCACCCUCCCGGCAGCCGCUGUGCACAGGCGGCACAGGCACUGACCUGCAGCUGCUGGACACAGGCGGCACAGGCACUGACCUGCAGCUGCUGGACACAGGAGGGACAGGCACUGACCUGCAGCUGCUGGAC